GGCUCUAACGAUCACGGUUUCUUUAAGGUAGGGGAUCUCGUCUUUCGGAGAUGGACGCGGUUGUGCCCAAUCCAUUUCACCCACCAAAAGGCAAGUUUCAGAAGUUGUGUUGGUCUUUAUCAUUGCCAUUAAACGUGUGUUUUUACUACACCAUACCGGAUGUACGUCGUCAAAGCCGUAGGAUAUGGUAUCCACUAUCUUUUGUUGUGUGUAUAUUCUGGAUUGCUGUGACGUCAUAUGGUCUUGUUUGGAUGGUAACCGUUAUUGGUUACACCCUGGGACUUCCCGAUACCGUAAUGGGUUUAACAUUGGUUGCGUUCGGUAGCAGUGUUCCCGAUUGCAUCUCUAGUUUAAUCGUGGCUAAAAAAGGUGAUGGUGACAUGGCCUGCAGUCACACUGUUGGAAGUAACGUUUUUGACAUCUUAUUGUGUCUUGGUAUACCUUGGACCAUAAAGACUUUGUUGACUGGAUCGAAAUCAUCGAUAGAUCUCAACAGUCAUGGUCUGUUUAUAAGUAGUUUCUUUAUAAUGGCUUCCAUUUUACUUACAUUUCUCAUGAUGCACUAUUACGAAUGGACUUUGACAAGAACUGUAGGUGUUACUUACAUUAUUGUCUAUGUCAUCUUUAUCUCCAUCGCCUGCAUCAUCGAGCUUAACGUGUUCGGUCAAUUCAAUCCACCGAUGUGUGAACUAAGCCCCAGUUAUUAGGGUUUUUUCAUGUCCAUUGAUGUUCAUCAACGUCCAUCGAUGUUCAUCAAUGUCCAUCAAUGUCCACCAACGUCCAUCGAUAUCCAUCAAUGUCACCCUUUAUGUACCAAUUUCAUUGCCAAACAAAUUAGUCAAUAAACAAGAUCGGGGCUUCUCUA